CCCCGCCCCGCCGGCCCGCGCGGCCGCAACCCCGGGAGGCGCCUCCGUCAUGGCCGGCGGGAGCCGGGCCGCGGGGCCGCAGCUCUAGGCCACCCCAGACACCCCGCGUGGCCCUGCCACCACCAUGGAGAACGAGCAGCUCCCGGCACCUCCGCCCUCCAGCAGCGCCGGCGGCACCAGCACGACGCCCAGCAGCACCGGCACCGCGCGCCCACCCGCACCACAGAUCUCCGUCUACAGCGGCAUUCCUGACCGCCAGACCGUCCAGGUGAUCCAGCAGGCCCUGCACCGGCAGCCCAACACGGCAGCGCAGUACCUGCAGCAGAUGUAUGCUGCGCAGCAGCAGCACCUGAUGCUGCAGACGGCCGCGCUGCAGCAGCAGCACCUCACCAGCGCCCAGCUCCAGAGCCUGGCGGCCGUGCAGCAGGCCAGCCUGGCAGCCAACAGGCAGAGCGGCUCCUCUGGCAGCAAUGGCACGCAGCAGGCGCCUGUGCAGCAGCCCACGAUCAACCUGGCCACGUCGCCAGCAGCAGCCCAGCUCCUGAACCGGGCACAGAGCGUCAACCCCGGGGCGUCGGGCAUCGCACAGCAAGCUGUCCUGCUGGGCAACGCCGCCUCACCUGCCCUCACCGCCAGCCAGGCACAGAUGUACCUGCGGGCACAGAUGCUCAUCUUCACGCCCACGGGCCCCGUCAGCGCCGUCCGGCCCGAGAGCCCUGCACCUGUCCCACCGCCAGCCCCACCGCCAGCCCCACCGCCUGCCACCCCCCAGGUGAGCCCCCCUGCACCCCACAUCCCCUGUCCUCCCCACCCCACUGACAUGCUGCCAUUGCAGGUGCACAGCCUGGCGCUGCGCCCCGCCGGCCCCCACCUCCCUGCCCUCGCCAUGAAACCCCCUGGCAGCACUCCACGGGCCGGACCCCCCCGGGCGCCCCCACCUGAGAACCCUGGUGACCACCUCAAAAAGGCUGAGGGCCCCGAUGCCCGCACCCACCCCAUGGCCCGCACUGCUGCUGCCCCUGCUGCCGCCCACCCACUCGUCACCCCAGCCUACGCCCCGCUGCAGCAGCCCCAGUUCCUGCAGCAACCACCGAAGCCGAUGCAGCAGCAGUUUGUCAUCCAGCAGCAGCAGCAGCAGCAGCAGCUGGCACCCCGUGGGCAGCACCCCUCGGGCCCAGCCGCCCCCCAGCUCCAGCCACUGCCCCCUGCCAGCCCCAGCCCAGCUCCCCCACCCAAAGCGGGAGCCCCCCAUGGGACGGGGGCGGAAGGCACAGCCCCCAACGGUCACCCCGGCUGCUACGGGGCACCCCGCAAGUUCCAGCACGCCUCCGCCGUCAUCCUGCAGCUGCAGCCGGCCAGCAGCACGCCCCCCUCCCGUUUCCCCCCUCCCUCCUCCGCAGAGCCGGGCGCGGAGCGCGUGGAUGCGCCGCCCGCCGCCCCCGCCCCCGGCAUGACCUCGGGCAGCGGCAGCGCUGCCUCCACCGUCGCCGGCGCCGCCCCGCACAAUGGUGAGAACAAACCGCCGCAGGCCGUGGUGAAGCCGCAGAUCCUCACGCACGUGAUCGAGGGCUUCGUCAUCCAGGAGGGCGCCGAGCCCUUCCCGGUGGGCCGCUCCUCGCUGCUGGUGGGGGGCCUGAAGCCGCAGUAUGCGCAGGAGCUGCUGGCGGAGCGCGCCCCGCAGCACGACAACACCACAACCACCGACUCCGAGAUGGAGGAGCCCUACCUGCAAGUGUCCAAAGAGGAGGGGGCUCCCCCGAAGCUGAAGUGUGAGCUGUGCGGCCGUGUCGACUUUGCCUACAAGUUCAAGCGCUCCAAGCGUUUCUGCUCCAUGGCGUGUGCCAAGAGGUACAACGUGGGCUGUACGAAGCGCGUGGGGCUGUUCCACCCCGACCGCAACAAGCUGCAGAAGCCCGGAGGGCCCCCCCACAGCCGCCGCCGCACCUGCAAAGUGCCCACGCUCAGCAAGGACACCAAGAAGCAGACUCCGGUGUCCCUCCCGCCGGGCUCGGGGCCGCUCUCGGUGACGGCGUCGCUGCAGCUCAACCACAGCCAGGAGGACUCAAGCCGCUGCUCGGACAACUCGAGCUACGAGGAGCCGCUGUCGCCCAUCUCGGCCAGCUCGUCCACCUCCCGCCGGCGCCAGGCUGAGCGUGACCUGGAGCUGCACGACAUGGAGCUGCGUGACAUGGAGCUGCCCGACAUGCACGUGCGGGAGCUGGCAGGCAUCGGGCACCGCUUCCUGCCCAGUGAGCCCAGCAAGUGGAACGUGGAGGAUGUCUACGAGUUCAUCCGCUCACUGCCGGGCUGCCAGGAGAUUGCCGAAGAGUUCCGUGCGCAGGAGAUCGACGGGCAGGCGCUGCUGCUGCUGAAGGAGGAUCACCUGAUGAGCACCAUGAACAUCAAACUGGGGCCGGCCCUCAAGAUCUACGCCCGUAUCAGCAUGCUCAAGGACUCCUAGAGCCGUGCUGCCGGCUCACACGGACGCUUCCGCCGGGUGGGGAGUAGGGGGGACAGACCCACGCCCCCCCCUCAGCCCUGCCUGUCCUGGUUGGGAGGGGGGGGGAGGAAACCUAUCACUGAGCACAAACAGCCCCGGGGCAGCCCCCCCUCAGCUGCAGGGUGUGUACAUAUAGCCCGUAGCGAUAGUGGCCCCACUGUGGCAGGGAGCCCCCCCGGCACGGCGGGGCACAGCAGGAUGGUUGCCUUAAUGCGUGGCCCCGCCGGGGCCCGGCUGCCCGCCCUGGGGUGGGGGGAGGGCAUGGGGGGGUGCCUAUAGAGAUGGCACUGCCCCUGGCAGGGCUGCUCCAGGGGCACCUCAGUAAAGGAUGGAGGUGGUGGGGGCUUGAUACCCCCAGCAGGUAAGGACCCCCCCCCCUCAGCCCACACCGCUGCUGUCAGCCGCCACGGUCUUUCUAAGAAAAGGAGGAAAAAAGAAAAAAAAAAAAGGAAAAAAAA